AUGAUUUGUUUAUAAAAGUUAAAUUUAUUUAUUAAUAAAUAAUUACUUAUUUAAAAACUCUAAUAAAGCUUUAAAACUUUUUAAAAAAUGGAAAGAUCAAAAGAUAAAAUUAUUCUUUUUGACGUUGAUGGCACUUUGACCAAGCCAAGAAAUAUAGUAGAAUAAGACAUGAUAGAUACUUUAGCUGAGUUAAAAAAAAAGCAUUAUGUAGCUGUUGUUGGAGGUUCUGAUUUACAUAAGAUUAUUGAGCAAUUAACUAAACCAGUUGUUGAUAGUUUCGAUUAUUGUUUUAGUGAAAAUGGUACAUACUCUCUUAAAGAAGGCCAAUUCUUUGCUAAAAGAAGUAUUGGUGAUGAAAUCGGUGAAGACAAAUUGAAAAAGUUCAUAAAUACAACUUUAAGACUUCUUUCCGAAAUAGAUAUUCCUGUUAAGAGAGGAACUUUUAUUGAGUACAGAAAUGGUAUGAUUAACAUUUCUCCUAUUGGUAGAAAUUGCUCCCAAUAAGAAAGAGACGAAUUUGAAAAGUUUGAUUUGCAACAUAAUAUCAGAAAGAAUUUGAUAUCAAAACUUGAAUCUGAAUUCCCUGAUUUAAAUCUUAAAUACUCUAUUGGUGGGUAGAUUAGCUUUGAUGUUUUCCCUAUUGGUUGGGAUAAGACUUAUUGUUUGCGUUUCCUUGAAGAAUUUAAGGAAAUCCAUUUUUAUGGAGACAAGACAUUCCCAGGUGGAAACGAUUAUGAAAUCUAUACAAGCGAACGUACAGUAGGUCACUCCGUUAAAAACUUCUAGGAAACAAUAGCUUCUAUUAAAGAAAAUUUUUUAAAUUGA